AUGAGAAAGGUCAUGGACACGGUCUCAGUGGACGUGCUCAACCAGUGUCGUGAAGCCUUGCUUUGGAUGUGCUUCUACGGUGCCAGAUUCGAAUGGCGUAUCAACCUGCAGACCAAAUGCCUCAGUCCUCCGAGGAUGUGGUUCUCAAAAGCGUUUGCACAGCAGGCUGAAAUACUCGGCCUGACCGAGUGGCCUCAAGCCCAGAAAAUACUCCGGCGGUUCGUCUUUCAUGAGUUUCUGGAGCCUUACCUGCCCCUAUGGUUCGACGAGGCUUUGGGUGCUCACAUCCCACGGUACAAGAGCCACCAAAGGACCUUGCCAAUCGAGUCGGUCUGA